AUGGAAAUUGAUCAACUUGUUUCGAGUAAUUCUCAAGUUCAAUCAUCGUCAUCCUUAAAUGAUCUUAAAAUGGAAUUCUACUCAUUGGAAACUAAACUUGAUUUCACUAAAAUUAUUCAAAAAAUUAAUAAUUCCACAAAAGUGCAACAAAAUGUUAUUACCAAAUAUAAGAAUGAUUCUUAUUUUAGAGUUAAUAAGAAUAGUGAAAAGUUUAUGGAUGAAAUGGAAGCUCAAAAGAAGACUCAGAUUGUCUACUUGAAUGAAUUGAAACAACGAGUCAAAAUGAUUAGUGACUUGGAAAUAUUUUACAAUUUAAGGAAAAUUUUGAGAAGAAUUUCAGUGAGCUUCAAAGUUUUUUAA